CGCGUAAAUAACAAGGAAAGCAGCGCGCGCGGAACGAUCAGCGGUGGAAUUCCAAUUGGAUGGGAAACGCAAAGCGGAGAAAAACGAGAAACCGACAAACAGAAAACAGAGAACAGAGUCGAAAGACGCAAAAUCGUGAAUUAAACAAAAAGCGAAGAAAGCCCCAAAAUUCACACAAAAUGCCAAGACAACAACAAACAUAAUGCUAUCAGAAACAACAACAGCAACAACAACAGCGACAACAAAACAUAAACAACAACAGUAAACAGACUUGAAACAUCGGCGGCAAGCGGCUAAAAAAAACUCAACUGUGCAAUUUAAAAUAUAACCAAGUAUUAUACGAAAAAAAAAAUAUAGAAUGCAAAAUUUGUCAAGUGUCGACGGAAAAAGUUGCUCAAUAUGAGCAAAAAAAGCAGCAACAACAACGACAGCAAUAAAGCUGCCCCGCAACAACAACAUCAACAGCAAUUGAAAAUCGGAAAAGUGCAACAAUAAAAAUGAUGCAUAUAUGAAAUAAAAUAAAAAUAACAACAAAAAAAAUCCAGCCAAAAAAAUUUAAAAUUUAAAAAUAAUUUUUUUCUCCCCUCCAAUUGCCUGGCAAUAUCUAAUUGUUUAUAUAUAUAUAGCAUUACCAUCUUCAUAUAUAUCUAUUAUAUAUGUAAAUGUAUUAUAUAUUUGUGUAUCUGUGUGUGUGUAUAUUUUUGUGUGCAUUCCAUCCAUUAAUUCUAUAACUCAAUCUAUGAAAAAAACUGAACAAAAUAAUUUACUAAAAACAAAAAACGCAUAAAAAUAAAUUUAUUAAAAAAAAAAACAACCGAUAACAAACAAUAAAAACCGCAUGUAAAACGCGUAAGAAUAAAUAAAUACAAAAAAUUACUAUUUACAAUUUACAUUACAACCGUGAAACAAACGAAAAUAAUCUGAAUCACAAAUCGUGCACCAAAAUGGCGGACAUCAUGCGUCCGCCGUACAGUGAGAUCAAACGGCCGGACGAAAUCGUCAGAAUGACAACAGCCGACAAUCUCAAGUUCGCCGUCCUCAUCGGCCUCAUCGAGGUUGGCCAGGUGACCAACCGGGAGGUGGUCAAUACCGUCCUGCAUUUGCUGGUCGGCGGUGAAUUCGAUAUGGAAUUGAAUUUUGUGAUACAGGAUGCGCAGAAUAUCAAACAUAUGCUGGAGCUGCUGGAUCAUUGUCCGCCCAAUUUGCAGGCGGAGAUUUGGAGCGUAUUCAUCGCCAUCCUGCGCAAAAGCGUCCGCAAUCUGCAGGCCUGCACCGAUGUCGGCCUCAUCGAGCAUGUUCUCAUCCGCCUGCAGCGCUCCGAAACGGUUGUGGCAGAUCUGCUCAUCGAGAUGCUGGGCGUGCUGGCCAGCUAUAGCAUAACGGUGAAGGAGCUGAAGCUGCUCUUCGGGACGAUGAAGGCCAACAACGGCAAGUGGCCGCGUCACUCGGCCAAGCUGCUGAACGUCCUCCGGCAGAUGCCACAUCGCAACGGACCGGAUGUGUUCUUCAGCUUUCCGGGACGCAAGGGAUCGGCCAUGGUCCUGCCGCCGUUGGCCAAAUGGCCCUAUGAGAAUGGAUUCACCUUCACCACCUGGUUCCGGCUGGAUCCCAUUAAUUCGGUGAAUAUCGAAAGGGAGAAGCCGUACCUGUACUGCUUCAAGACAUCGAAGGGUGUGGGCUAUACGGCGCAUUUUGUGGGCAAUUGCCUCGUCCUCACCUCGAUGAAGGUCAAGGGCAAGGGUUUUCAGCAUUGUGUGAAAUACGAAUUCCAGCCACGAAAGUGGUAUAUGAUUGCCAUAGUGUAUAUAUACAAUCGUUGGACGAAAAGCGAAAUCAAGUGCCUCGUUAACGGACAGCUGGCCUCUUCAACUGAGAUGGCCUGGUUUGUUUCCACAAACGAUCCCUUUGACAAGUGCUACAUUGGAGCCACCCCCGAAUUGGACGAGGAGCGCGUGUUCUGUGGCCAAAUGUCGGCGAUCUACCUUUUCAGCGAGGCCCUGACCACGCAGCAGAUCUGUGCGAUGCACCGCCUGGGUCCCGGCUACAAGUCGCAGUUCCGGUUCGACAACGAGUGCUAUCUAAAUCUGCCGGACAAUCACAAGCGGGUGAGUCACUUUCAACUUCUGCCAGCGACCUUGGGGGCGUCAGCACUGCCGGGCGGCAGUGGGAGUGGCACCGGAAGCGGUAGCGAUGCGGCAGCAGCAGCGGCAGCAGCCGUUGCCGCCGGCCAGCAACAACAGUUGCAGCUGCAAUUCCAAACGCUGGCCGCCGAACAGGAGGCGCGGGCGAUCGAUUGGUCCGAUGAGAGGCUCGAUUUGAAUGCGGCAUUUGUGAAAAUUCGAGCGGUCUUAACCGCCCGCAAUGCAGUGACCUUGGCGGUCACCGGAAGUAGCAGUAGCAGCACCCCCACUGCAGCAGCAGCAGCAGCAGCAGCUGGAGCAGGAGCAGGAGCAACUACUGCAGCAGCAACAUCUGCUGCUGCCACAGCGGCAACACAAAAUGAAAACGAUGCAGCAGCAGCAGCAGCAGCAGCGGUACAACAGCAGCAACAUGCAACAACAUCUGGCAACGCUGACGAUCCGCUCGGCCAUUUGCCCACCGGAAAUGCUUCUUCUUUUGAGCAACUCCGUCGAAUGUCCAGUGUGAGCAGCUUGAACUCACUGUUGGGAACCGCCGACACUGAGGAGGUCAACCAGCUGAAAGCUGUCCUGUACGAUGGCAAACUAUCGAAUGCCAUUGUGUUCAUGUACAAUCCGGUGGCAACCGAUGGUCAAUUGUGUCUGCAAUCAUCGCCCAAGGGAAACGUUUCAUAUUUCGUGCACACACCGCAUGCGCUGAUGUUGCAGGAUGUAAAGGCCGUGGUCACGCACUCGAUACACUGCACCCUGAACUCGAUUGGCGGCAUCCAGGUGCUGUUCCCGCUCUUCUCACAGCUGGACAUGGCCCACGAGGGCCUGGGCGACAUCAAGCGGGAUCCCACGCUGUGCUCCAAGCUGCUGGGCUUCAUCUGUGAACUGGUGGAAACAUCGCAGACGGUGCAGCAGCACAUGAUCCAGAACCGGGGCUUCCUGGUCAUCUCGUUCAUGCUGCAGCGCUCCUCCCGCGAACACCUCACCCUCGAGGUCCUGGGAUCCUUCCUGAACCUCACCAAGUAUCUGGUCACCUGCCUGUCGGCCAACAGUGAUCUGCUGCUUAAGCAGUUGAACACAGGCCUGCGUAAUCCUUUCAAAAAAGUAAACACAAACUUCUACCAGUUGUUCUGUUUCUCGUUUCUCACGUGGCAGCUGCUGGACCACGUCCUGUUCAAUCCAGCCCUGUGGAUAUACACACCCGCGAAUGUCCAGGCGCGACUGUACUCCUAUUUGGCCACCGAGUUCCUCUCGGACACGCAGAUCUACAGCAAUGUGAGGAGGGUCAGCACGGUCCUGCAGACGGUGCACACCCUGAAGUACUACUACUGGGUGGUCAAUCCGCGGGCCAAGAGCGGCAUCAUUCCGAAGGGACUGGAUGGACCUCGUCCGGCUCAAAAAGACAUUCUGGCCAUCCGGGCCUACAUCCUGCUGUUCCUCAAGCAGCUUAUCAUGAUCGGCAAUGGCGUGAAGGAGGACGAGCUGCAGAGCAUACUUAACUAUCUGACCACCAUGCACGAGGACGAGAACCUGCACGACGUGCUGCAGAUGCUCAUCUCGCUGAUGUCGGAGCAUCCCAGCUCCAUGGUACCUGCCUUCGAUGUGAAGCACGGUGUGCGCAGCAUCUUCAAGUUGUUGGCGGCCGAAAGUCAGUUGAUUCGGCUGCAGGCCCUCAAAUUGCUGGGCUUUUUCCUCUCGCGAAGUACCCACAAGUUUCUCCCAUUCAGACGCAAGUACGACGUGAUGUCGCCACACAAUCUGUACACACUGCUGGCGGAACGAUUGCUCCUCUAUGAGGAGUCUCUCUCGCUGCCCACAUACAAUGUCCUCUACGAGAUUAUGACGGAGCACAUCUCGCAACAGAUCCUGUACACACGGCAUCCGGAACCGGAGAGUCACUACCGUCUGGAGAAUCCAAUGAUCCUCAAGGUGGUGGCCACCCUGAUUCGGCAGUCCAAGCAGACCGAGUCCCUGAUCGACGUGAAGAAGCUGUUCCUGCAGGAUAUGACCCUGUUGUGCAACAGCAAUCGGGAGAAUCGACGCACCGUGCUCCAGAUGUCCGUCUGGCAGGAGUGGCUCAUUGCGAUGGCCUACAUCCAUCCGAAGAGCAGCGAAGAGCAGAAGAUUAGCGACAUGGUGUACUCCCUAUUCCGCAUGCUACUUCAUCAUGCCAUCAAGCAUGAGUAUGGCGGUUGGCGAGUUUGGGUGGAUACCCUCGCCAUUGUCCACUCGAAGGUGUCGUACGAGGAGUUUAAGCUCCAGUUUGCCCAGAUGUACGAGCACUACGAACGCCAGCGAACGGAUAAUAUUACAGAUCCCGCCCUGCGUCAGGCCAGGCCCAUUAGUACGAUCAGUGGUUGGGAGCGGGAGGAGCUGCAUCAGCAGCAGAAUGGUGGAUCCGCUGCAGCGGCAGUGGCUCCAAAUCAGCAAGUAGCAGUCGGAGCGGUCAAGGGUGCCGUUUCCAUUGCCUCGCUGGAGGAUGUGCCGCCGGUGGUCGAGGAGGAGGUGGAGGAACUGGAACUCGAGGAGGUGGAGAUCCAAGAGGGUCCCAUCAUCGAAGAGGCCGAACCGAAAUCCGUGAUAGCCAAUAUUUCCGAUGUCUACAACGAGCAGAUCAAAACGGAUGCCACAUGCAAUGGAAAUCUGGAGGAGGUCAAAGAGGAGGAUCCUGAGAUUCAGGAGCUUGUUGAAGAUCUCGAGUCUAAGCAACCGGAAGCAUCUCCGUUGGGCGCCCUCAGGGAAACCCUACAGCUGGGCGAUGACAUGGAUGUCGAGGAACUGGAGCUGGCCACCGCCAAGGAUUCGCUCAAUGCGGAACAGCAUGUGGCGCGAGUUCUUCAGGCCUCUGAGGCGGCGCUUAACGAUUGCAAAAUGGUCGUCGAUGAUGCGCUGCAGGAGUCAUCAUCAGUCCUCAAGGACGAGGAGAUCGAACUGGCGGUCAACGAAGUUGUUCAGGGUGUCCUUAACAACGAAAAGAAAUCCCAGGCCGAUAAGGAUAAGGAACAGUCCGUGGGGCAGGAUAAUGUCAAUGUUAGCCUGCUGAACAGCAAGAAUCUGCUCAACAAUAAUAAUAAUAACAAUAAUAACAAUAGUCCGAGUGCCACGCCCACAGAGCCUACGACGACGGUGGGAGCGGAAACGGAUACGGAAAUGGAGGUCAAUGCCAAUGAGAUCGUGAGCAGCAGCCCACUGGCGCCCAAGGAGGAACGGGAAACGGAAACGGAAGCAGAAAAGGGCGCAACACCGGAAGUGGAAACACCGGAAACGGCCAAGCCAAGCCCCAUAGUCCCCAGCCCCGUAGUAGCAACCAAUCAAAAGACUGAAGAUGCAGCCAACAAGCUGAACAACAACGAGAAGCUGGCCGAAAUCAGCGCUAGUCCCGAGCCCAUUAUUGUGGUGGAAACGCCAGAGGCUGAUCUUCUCCAGCUUUCCGAUACCGAAACCAAGCCGGCAAAGGAAACGGAAGCAGAAGCUGAGGAUCCGGUGGCAUUGGCCGUCAGAGAUAUUGUUGAGCAACUCAUCGACAAGGUGAUCGAUGCCACGGAAGCGGAAACGGCCAGUGAAAACAAAACAGAGACCAAUAACAAUGAACUACCCAAGGGGGAAAAACCCAAGUCAGAGCCUGGGCUUUCCGAGGUGGAAACUCCCGAGAGUCUAGCCGCUGCCGCCGAGGAAAUUGUCCAUGAGGUAGUGGAAGCAGCUCUCGUUUUGGUUCAUGAGGAGGCUACUCCGGCGAAACAGGAGGAAAAGGUAGAGGAUCUGCUGCAACUGGAUCAGGAGCCUGCGGCUACCGACGUUCAGGAAGCCAAGGCUCUUCCAGAAGACCCAAAAGAACCAGAAGAAGAUCUCAAAACCCAAGACCUUCAGGAACUUAAAACCGAGGAACCCAAGGAUCACAAAUCCCAGGAAGUACCCGUGGAACUGCCCCAAAAACAAGAGGAGCAUGUGGUGGCCAUUGUCAAUCAGGUGCUCGACACUCUGGUCGACGAAACCGUCAAGGCCGUGGCCGCCGAGCAAACCACCCAGACUUCACCCGCCCCCGAGGAGGAAUCACCCAAGAUUCUGGCCAAGGAAUCGGCGGUGACGCCAGUGCGUGUGAAGCCCACUGAAGUGGACUCCACCACCCAGACGACGCCGAAAAAUGAGGCUGGAUCCAAUCUACUGGUGGAAGAGGUGCAGCAAGUCCUUCAGGAGGACGAAGCUCAAACAUCCGGAGGCAUUGCCUCCCUUGAAGAUGAGGAGUACUCUAAUCAACAGACAGCAUCGGGUGUCGAAAAUCCCAACAGUCAAAUUGAGGCCAAUCAUUAUGGCCCCGGCAAUCCGGAAUCCAAGCAACAGCAACAACAACAGCAGCAGCAGCAACAACAACAGCAACAGCGCUCCAAAUCGGGUUCCACACGACCCAUGUUCAGUCCAGGACCAACACGUCCACCCUUCCGGAUACCGGAAUUCAAGUGGUCCUACAUCCAUCAGCGACUCCUCAGCGAUGUGCUCUUCUCGCUGGAAACGGACAUUCAGGUGUGGCGCAGUCAUUCGACCAAAAGCGUCCUGGACUUUGUCAACUCCAGUGAAAAUGCCAUCUUUGUGGUGAACACGGUGCAUCUGAUUUCGCAGCUGGCGGAUAACCUGAUUAUUGCCUGCGGAGGAUUGCUGCCCCUAUUGGCCAGCGCCACGUCACCCAAUUCCGAAUUGGAUGUCCUCGAGCCCACGCAGGGCAUGCCCUUGGAGGUGGCCGUGUCCUUCCUGCAGCGUCUGGUCAACAUGGCGGAUGUCCUUAUCUUUGCCACGUCCCUGAACUUCGGUGAGCUGGAGGCGGAGAAGAACAUGUCCAGUGGAGGCAUCCUGCGCCAGUGCCUCCGGCUGGUCUGCACCUGUGCGGUGAGGAAUUGCCUGGAGUGCAAGGAGCGAACGCGCUAUAAUGUUGGUGCCUUGGCGAGAGACGUCCCGGGUGCGGCGCACCUGCAGGCCCUCAUUCGCGGUGCCCAGGCAUCGCCCAAGAACAUUGUCGAGUCAAUCACCGGUCAAUUAUCACCUGUUAAGGAUCCCGAGAAGCUGCUCCAGGACAUGGACGUCAAUCGCCUGCGUGCCGUCAUCUAUCGCGAUGUGGAGGAGACGAAGCAGGCACAGUUCCUGUCGCUGGCAAUCGUCUACUUUAUAUCGGUCCUGAUGGUCUCCAAGUACCGUGAUAUUCUGGAGCCGCCGGCAGAGCCGCAGAUCCAGCGUCAAUCGCCAGUGCUACAGCGCACGGCAGGCGGCGAAGCCGCCAGUGCGCGUCCUUUGUUUCCCCAAUGGUCACAUCAUGUUUACCCGCAAUUCCUGCCCGAAUCGCACCAGAAUCACAACAGCAACAUGCAACACCAGCAGCAACAGCAGCAACACUACUAUCAGCAACAGCAACAGCAGCAACAGCAGCAGCAGCAACAGCAGGUUGCCCAUAAUCACAGCCAUCAUCACAUGACUGCUGCUUACUACCAGCAGCAGCAACAGCAACAUCAGCAAGUUGCAGCUGGACAGCAGCAACAUUCGCCCACUCCUUUGGCCACACACUCGACCAGUUCUUCGGCCAGCUCCACGGCCACAUCUCAGCCAGCAUCGAGCUCCUCGCUCUCCAGUUUGGCAUCCCAAAGUCAGCAGCAAUCGCAUCGCCAGUUGCACAAGCAACAGCAACAGCAACAGCAGCAGCAGCAACAUUACCAUCCUCAUCAGCCGCACUAUGGCUUGAUCAAUGGCCACCAGCAGCAUCAGCAGCUGAAUGGCAAACAUUAUACGGAAAAUGGAUCCGCAGCGGGAUAUCAUCCACAUGCACAUCCACAUGGCGGUGGUUAUAUGCGAAAUGGAGAGUCAACAGCGGGACAACAGCAGAAUGGUAUUUCCGACUAUCAGGCGGCAGUGGGACUGAUGAAUGGUCAUGGCUCAAAUGCAACGGCUGGUAAUAAUAAUAAUUCCAGUUUAAUGAACAAUAUGCGAAAUUUGCGGAAUGGUGGAGCAACUCCAUCAGCAUCAUCAUCAUCAUCGCCACCACCACCGCCACCAGUGGGAAACCAGGGAAUCUCUGGCAUCUCGGGUAUCUCAGGAAUCUCGGGUAUCGCAGGUGUUGCAACAACGGGUGCUGUUGUUAAUGCAAAUGCUGCUGCUGGUGUUGGCGGUGUUGGCAUGGUCAUGGGGGGCGUGGCAGGGGGCUUGGAUGGAGGCGUGGCCUACAAGACGAGCGCCAUAAAUAAUAAUUACCGCUACAAUGGACGCAACGCAUCCGCUGGAACAGGUGGUCGCCAAAUUCAGGAUAGUGACUAUGAAAUAAUUGUUGUCGAUGAGAACAAUCCAUCCGUUUUGGCCGAUAAUGACUCACAUUCCAGUGGACCGCCUUCCAUAAAGGCCAACCAGACAACAACAACAACAACAACAUUAGCAACAACAGCUACAACAACCCAUAUUAACAACAACAACAACCACACUAAGACAACAACAGCAAACGCUCCAACAACAACAAUUAAAAUUCAACAACAACCAUUGUCACCACCAAAGCCGUUGGUGCCACAAAAAUUGCCAAAGAGCGUCGAUUCGGAUGUGGGCUCCCUCAACAUGAACUCCACAGAGAACGAAGUGCCCGAGGUGGAGUCCUCCAGCGAGAUCCUCAUCGAUGACCACAAGCCGAGCCAUUCGAACGACGAAAGCUGGACGGAUGUAAAUCUCAACGAGGAUGCGGCUGUUCAGGCGGCCAGUGCUGGCAUGGUUGUUGGAUUGGUGGAUAAUGGUGGUAAUGUCAUAGCCGAUAAGCAUGAUCCAUCAUCGCAUCACAACCAACAACAGCAACAGCAGCAGCAGCAGCAGCAGCAGCAGCAGCAGCAGCAGCAACAACAGCAGCAACAUGGUUCACUUGGCCACUCGGAGCGGGGUGAUAAACCCGAUUCGGAGAUAUCGGUGGUCCGUGUACCCGAUGGUUAUGCCGGUUCCGGUGGCUCUAAUCCUGGUCAGGGUCAGGGUGUCCCGCCCAAUCAGCGCCCGCGACCCGACGAGCUGCCCAUGAAGGCACCCGCCCUGGUGGCCCAGUUGCCACUGACCACGCCGUCGCGAGAGGCGAGUCUCACCCAGAAACUGGAAAUUGCUCUGGGACCGGUGUGUCCAUUGCUGCGCGAGAUUAUGGUGGAUUUCGCACCAUUCCUGUCCAAGACCCUUGUCGGCUCCCAUGGCCAGGAACUGCUGAUGGAGGGCAAGGGACUGACCACCUUCAAGAACUCCCAUUCGGUGGUCGAGCUGGUGAUGCUGCUCUGCUCCCAGGAAUGGCAGAAUAGCCUGCAGAAGCACGCCGGUUUGGCCUUCAUCGAGCUGAUCAACGAGGGUCGCCUCCUCUCGCACGCCAUGAAGGAUCACAUCGUGCGUGUGGCCAACGAGGCGGAGUUCAUCCUAAAUCGUAUGCGUGCCGAUGAUGUCCUCAAGCAUGCUGACUUUGAAUCACAGUGUGCCCAAACCCUCUUGGAGCGCCGGGAGGAGGAGAGGAUGUGUGAUCACCUCAUAACCGCCGCUCGUCGUCGGGAUAAUGUGAUUGCCAGCCGGCUGCUGGAGAAGGUGCGGAACAUAAUGUGCAAUCGCCAUGGAGCCUGGGGUGAUUCCAGUGCCAGCACAACGAGUGCCAGUGGUGGCGCCAUUGUGGGUGCGGUGCAAAAGAGUCCGUACUGGAAACUGGAUGCCUGGGAGGAUGAUGCUCGUCGCCGGAAGCGGAUGGUGCAGAAUCCUCGCGGCUCGUCGCAUCCGCAGGCCACGCUGAAGGCAGCUCUAGAGAAUGGUGGACCCGAAGAUGCCAUCCUGCAGACACGCGAUGAGUUCCACACCCAGAUUGCCGUGUCGCGAGCCCAUCCAUCGGGUCAGCAUAAUGGUGAACUGUUGGACGAUGCCGAACUGUUGAUCGAGGAUCGGGAAUUAGAUCUAGAUCUCACGGGUCCCGUCAACAUUAGCACCAAGGCGAGAUUGAUAGCUCCGGGUUUGGUGGCCCCUGGUACCGUUUCGAUAACCAGCACCGAAAUGUUCUUCGAAGUGGAUGAAGAGCAUCCCGAAUUCCAGAAGAUCGAUGGCGAGGUUCUUAAAUACUGCGAUCAUUUGCACGGCAAGUGGUACUUCUCCGAGGUGAGGGCCAUCUUCUCGAGGCGCUAUCUCCUGCAGAAUGUGGCACUGGAGAUCUUUUUGGCCAGCAGGACAUCCAUUCUGUUCGCCUUCCCCGAUCAGCAUACGGUGAAGAAGGUGAUCAAAGCUCUGCCCCGCGUUGGAGUGGGCAUAAAGUAUGGAAUACCCCAGACACGUAGGGCAUCGAUGAUGUCGCCACGGCAGCUGAUGCGCAACUCCAAUAUGACCCAGAAAUGGCAGCGUCGCGAGAUUAGCAACUUUGAGUAUCUAAUGUUCCUCAAUACAAUCGCCGGCAGGACGUACAACGACCUCAAUCAGUAUCCCAUCUUCCCGUGGGUGCUGACCAAUUACGAGUCCAAGGAUCUGGAUCUCAGCCUGCCCUCGAACUACAGGGACCUAUCGAAACCCAUUGGCGCAUUGAAUCCAUCGCGUAGGGCCUACUUUGAGGAGCGUUACGAGAGCUGGGACAGCGAUACCAUACCGCCCUUCCACUAUGGCACCCAUUAUUCCACAGCGGCCUUUACGCUCAACUGGUUGGUGCGCGUGGAACCCUUCACCACCAUGUUCCUGGCCCUGCAGGGCGGCAAGUUCGACUAUCCCGAUAGGUUGUUCAGUUCGGUAUCGCUGUCGUGGAAGAAUUGCCAGCGGGAUACGUCGGAUGUUAAGGAACUGAUACCCGAAUGGUAUUUCCUGCCCGAGAUGUUCUAUAAUUCAUCGGGCUAUCGGUUGGGUCAUCGCGAAGAUGGUGCUUUGGUGGAUGAUAUAGAGUUGCCGCCUUGGGCCAAAAGCCCCGAGGAAUUUGUGCGCAUCAAUCGCAUGGCCUUGGAAUCGGAAUUCGUGUCCUGCCAACUCCAUCAGUGGAUCGAUUUGAUCUUUGGCUAUAAGCAACGUGGUCCCGAGGCCAUUAGGGCCACCAAUGUGUUCUACUACCUGACCUAUGAGGGUAGCGUCGAUCUGGAUGGCGUCCUGGAUCCCGUGAUGCGCGAAGCCGUGGAGAAUCAAAUACGCAACUUUGGCCAAACUCCCAGUCAACUGCUGAUGGAACCCCAUCCGCCGCGCAGCUCGGCCAUGCAUCUGUCGCCGAUGAUGUUCAGUGCAAUGCCCGAGGAUCUGUGCCAGAUGCUCAAGUUCUAUCAGAACUCACCGGUCAUUCACAUCUCGGCCAACACCUAUCCGCAAUUGUCGCUGCCGUCGGUGGUGACGGUCACGGCGGGUCACCAAUUCGCGGUGAAUCGAUGGAACUGCAACUAUACCGCCUCCGUCCAGAGUCCCAGCUACGCCGAAUCGCCCCAAUCGCCGGGAUCCAAUCAGCCACUGACCAUCGAUCCGGUUCUGGCUGUCCAUGGUACGAACAAUAAUAGCAAUGCGGUCAGUCGACGACAUUUGGGCGAUAACUUCAGCCAAAUGCUCAAGAUCCGAUCGAACUGCUUUGUCACCACGGUGGAUAGUCGGUUCCUCAUCGCCUGUGGGUUCUGGGACAACAGUUUCCGGGUGUUUGCCACCGAAACAGCGAAAAUCGUGCAAAUUGUGUUCGGACACUUUGGAGUGGUGACCUGCAUGGCCCGUUCCGAGUGCAACAUCACCUCGGAUUGCUACAUCGCCUCCGGAUCCGCCGACUGCACGGUGCUCCUGUGGCACUGGAAUGCCCGGACCCAGAGCAUCGUGGGCGAGGGCGAUGUGCCCACUCCGCGGGCCACCUUGACGGGUCACGAACAGGCGGUGACCUCGGUGGUGAUCAGUGCCGAACUGGGUCUGGUUGUCUCGGGAUCGUCAAAUGGACCCGUGCUAAUCCACACCACUUUCGGUGACCUUCUGCGCUCGCUGGAUCCACCGGCGGAGUUCAACUCCCCAGAACUGAUCACCAUGUCCCGCGAGGGCUUCAUUGUCAUCAACUACGACAAGGGCAAUGUGGCCGCCUACACCAUCAAUGGCAAGAAACUGCGCCACGAGACGCACAACGACAAUCUACAGUGCAUGCUGCUGUCGCGCGAUGGUGAAUACCUGAUGACCGCCGGCGAUCGCGGCAUCGUGGAGGUGUGGCGCACCUUCAACCUAGCACCACUUUAUGCCUUCCCCGCCUGCAACGCGGGCAUCCGAUCUUUGGCCCUCACCCACGAUCAGAAAUACCUUCUGGCCGGACUCUCGACGGGCUCGAUCAUAGUAUUCCACAUCGAUUUCAAUCGCUGGCACCACGAGUACCAGCAGCGCUACUAAGAUUGGAAACUUGGACAUUCCAACGACCCAAGACUCGCCAGUUAACAGAGGCCAAGGAAACGGAAACGGAAACGAAAACGGAAACAGAAACGAACAUUGAAAUUGAAAUGGAACCGGAACCGGAAAUGAAAUAUGGAAACGAUCGCAAAGCAACUACGAAGUACUUAAAAAACGUCGGCAAGGAGGGAGGAUCGGUUUUUUUCUAUAUAGACCUUUACAACUCUAGGCUAAUAAGCGAAACUAUGUUUUUUUUGUCUAGUAUUAAUUGUGCAUUAGUGUGUGUUUUGAUGGCCAAUGAAAGCCGGUCAAAUCAAGAAAACGAAAAAAAAAAAGUAAGAAACAAAAAAAAAGAGAAUGGAACAGAACAGAAGAUAAAAAACAUUUUUUUUACUAGUAUUAACGAAAUGUAUGUUAAGUUAUGGCAAAAUGGAGAAGCAAAUGCAAGAGGUAAAAAUGCAAAAAUGCAAAAAGGAGAAAGCGACGGCGGAGAAAGCAAGUGAAAGCAACUGGCGGCUUAAGUAAGUAGUUGAAAUAAGACAAAUGACGUUAGUGUUUAUAAAACGCAAUAAGCAGUUAAUAAAUCUAAAAAAGUAAAUCUAAACCUAAAGCUAAUUUCACAUGCAUUAUAAUACCAACGUAGCAAAAGUUCUCAUAAAAAUUUAAACAAAGCAAAACGAAAAACGCUGCGCAACGCAAAUGAAGGGAAAAAAAUAUUGAAACUAAAGCGGCCAAAAGGGAGAUAAAUGGUAGAGAAAGCAGAAAGCCAAUUUUUAAUUAUAGCGUUAGUUCUUUGUGACAAAAAAAAACACUCCACACACACACUUAAACAAGGUAACCAAGCAAGGACAAUGCCAAGGCAAUAAAGCUGGGAAAUAGAAAGAAAAUAAAAAAAAGAUCGAAAGAGCGAGACAGAGCAGGAAGCGGAAGUGAAGCAAAGUGCGGAUACGAGAUAUUUAUGUACACACACACACACACACACACACACGCAUAUGUAUUUGUAGCUAAACUAACACUCAACUUAACUCCCAAAAAGAAAACAAAAAAACAACGCUAACUAAAAUCUAAACAACAACUAAAUUAUCAACACUGCUAUGAGCCACAGAAAAUAUUAAAUAAACAAAUCGAAACGUAUAUGAAAAGGCAUUUUAUAUAUACAAUACACAUACAUACAUGCAUACAUAGAUACAUACAUACAUAUGUGUAUAUCCGCCGACGGAAGCGGAAUAUGCAAAACUUAUUCAAGCGAAAGGCGACGAUUUUUCGUUCUCGUUCCACAAAUAUCACGCAUACGCCACACUGCACCGCCCGCUAAACAAACAGCUACAAUCGAUAUAAAAAUAUAGUCUAUACAUAUAUUCGGUUUUUUUUUGUGUAUUCUCUUUAAUUGUUUGUUUUUUGUGUGUUUUUUUUAGCCAUAUUUGUUAGGUAAAAGUGAGAAAAUUUUCGAUUGCGUCCAAAAUUAGCCUAUUUACCAUACCCCCACGUCAAAAAAAAAAUGUUCCCGCAAAAUGAUAAAUUGGCUUCCUCGAAACAAAACCAAUCAAUGUACGUCCAGGAUGAGAGGUGUUAUAUAUACAUAUAUUUAUAUAUAUGUAUUGACCGCAGCUUCUGCCUUUGAUUUCCCCAAGCGAUUCGCAAACCAAAAACCAAACAAUCCAUCCAUGGCGCACCACUCUGGCACUUACCGAUUAGAUUUGUAUAUAAGAACGAGAGCUAAGGCAAUUACUAUAACCAUACUUCAAGUAUAAUAUAGAGUUUAUGGCUAAAACGAACACAUUCGGUUGUAAAAGCGCAAAGGCGAUACAAAUUAAAUCGAGUCCAGCUGAUAAAAACCCUUCCCCAAAUGAAAUUGGAACCCAUAAGUAUCGUAAAUCGUAUCGUAUAUGUUGUGUGUAGAGCUGGGGAAUAAUUUUAAAUGAGAAUUAAGGAUGUGUUCCCAGAUCUAGUGUUGUGUCUUGUCCGAUUUGAUCUUGAGAUCAAGGAAAUGCAUAUUAAGACAAUUGAUUUUCGAUUUAUUCCUAUCCUUUCCUGUGUGUGUUUCUCGUUUAUAUGCAGUGUUUAAUGAGCUCCACAAUUUAUCACUUAAAAUACAAAUUUAAUUCGCUUUUAGUACGAAUUCGAUUAUUUCACUCUCUGUGUGUACAUAUUUAAGAAGCAUUAUGCAAAUAAAAGCUAGACAACAGACAACAAAAAAAAGAUUAAAAAAACAUUUAUUAAUAAUCCACGCGAAUGGCAAACAUUCAUUUCUCGUUUUUUUUUCAUGUCCACAAGAGUUAAUUAAAUACCGGGCGCAAAGCGAAGGCGACGAAUAAAAUUUGCAACUAUUAGUAAUUUAAAUGUUGUACAUAAAUCCAUGGAGAACUGUCCUAAGAGUAAAGUAUUUUUAAAGCCCAACACGACGAAAGACGGAAACCUUGCAUUCGAACGGAAAAGGGGGAAAAGGAAUUCAAAUCAAAUCCAAUUAAAGGAAAUGCAAUGAAGCGAAAGCGGAAAACUUCAACUCGAUUGAAAAGUCGAGUAGGCGGAAAACUCGCACUCUGAGCAGUAACUACAAUUUUUUUUUGCGUGUGCAUACACAGUCGUGUUUAUCUACAUAUAAUAUAUGGGAUAAAAAAUAAAAACGUUUAGCUAUUAACUGAAAGGAUACCGAAUACUUGAAUUUGAAUAUUAAAUGCGGACGCCAACAAUUUUUAAUUACGCACUUUUUAUAGAACUUAGCGAGAACGAAAAUGUUGGAGACGGUAGUCGUAUUAAAUAUAACAUAAAUAUAAAAAUACAAAUACAAAUAAAUUACAUAACGUUUUUAUUAACGAAACAAACAACAAAAACUGGCUGACAAUUUUAAAUUUAUACAAAACGAAAACGAAAACUUCACAAAAUGUCAAGUUAUAAAUGAAGGAAAAAUACAACAAAAAAAGAAAAGAAAAUAAAACAAAAAGAAUAUUUAAGAAUUUACUCAUGCACGGGCAAGAAUAAUUUCAUAUAAUUAUUUACACAGGCGGAAAAGGGCAUUUUAAAAUUAGUGAAUAAAUCCGAAAGUCGCAAAGUUAAAGCUAUAAGACAGGCACACACACACAGAUACACAGACACACACACUCACAACCGAAAUAUAUAUAGAUAUACAUGUGUAUAUAUAUUUUGUCAACAUUGUUAAAAAAAAAAAAAACAUACUAACAAACAAAUGAGAGCCAAAAAACAACAAUUUAAUCUAUUCAGCAGCAGCAACAAAAGCAAAAGACAGCAAAAUACGAAAUACAAGAUACAAGAUACAAAAUACAAAUUACUAAUAACAAAUUACAAAAUACAAAAUGCAAAAUACAUAAAGAGAUAAAGCUACAAAAUAAAUGUUCAUUAAUAUUGCUAAACAAAAACCAUUUAUAUAUACAUAGAUAUGUAUGAGAAUAAAGAAAUAUUUUUUUUUUUGCCAAAUGCGUGCAUUGAAAUUGAUAAAAGCAGGCGAAAAUUAAACGCAUUAAAUUAAAUAAUAAACAAAGGCGUGAAAAGAUAAAGCGAAAAGCGGCGAAGCGGCAGAAAAGAGGGGUCAAAAGGUUAGCUAGCGAGGGGCGAAGGGCAAACAAUUUAUGCAUAUUAAAACUAAAUUUAAAAUACGCUACAACUCUAACAAAAUAAGUUUACAGACAAACAAACACACACACACCACACAUUCUCCCUAUAAAAACAAAAA